UCAAGAGGCUGCAGUCAAUAGAAUUUUUGUUGGUGAUUUUUUUUUUCUUUUGAAAUUAUUGGUGUAUUCUUUUUUGCCCCUUUUCAUAAGAAGAUACAAAUAAUUAACCUUGUCUUUCCCAAACGUGAAUUUCGCAAGUAAUUUCAGUCCAUAGUGAGCUUAAGGGAGAGAAACCGAAACGGCAUAAAGUGAAACUCCGGUGGAAGGAUGAGUUCUUCGCCUUCGCCUCGUCGCUCUCGCAGUAGCAAUGGUGAGGAAGAGAGGCCAAGAUUCUUCGAUUCCAAGGCAAAGAGCAAGUGCUGGGCCAAUGCUGAAACUGUUCCCGGUCGUCAUCCCGAGCGAUGGCGCAAAGACGCUGCCGGUAACAUCGUCUGCAAGCGUUUCUGUAACUGCCAAGGUUGCCUCUGUUUCGAGUACGACCACAUCGUUCCUUUCUCCAAAGGUGGAGAAUCCACGGCUGAAAAUUGUCAAAUCCUUCAGACUAGGGUGAAUAGGUUUAAAUCAAACAAAGAAGAUCUGGAUACUACCAGAUUGAAAGGUUAUUCUUGUGAGGUCCAGUUUACCGAUAAGGAGCUUGACAUUAUCGAAAUGGCUGUUUAUGGGGAUGUAAUCCGGCCUGGGAAUCAGUGUCGUUGCAGAACUAUUGCUGAAAUGCUUGGACAGUACAAGUCGAAAGAUAACUUGGCUGCAUGCAAAUUGCCCCUCGAUAAAGAAUCUAUAUAGCAAUCAAGGGCUAUACUUUGAUGUAGGGGUCUUGGGAAGAUUUUAAACUACAUGUUUGGGAUUCUGCAUUGGUGAUCAAUUUGCAGGGUGUUGAAAGCAUUUUCAUUUGAUAAGAAUGAACCGAAAUUGGGUCUCCCCAAAAUCAUUGGACCCAGUUAUCAUACAUGUGACUUCGAACCUUGAUUAUACUUCAAUCUAAUGAGAUGUCAUUUCCAUUUCUUCUA